AUGUUGAAGGAAAAAACCAUUGACGAUGACGUGCGCUACCUUGGCUUUGUGCAUGCCGACACCAACGACGUUGACAUUCUUCCAGGCGAUGAACACAUUCUGGGCGCCCACAUUAUGCUGCGCACCCCCUCCCAGAUCCCCUCUCCACAGAGCUCUGCUGCUGCCUCUCGUUCCACUUCACGCCCUUCCUCCCGCAGCGGCUCGCGACACACGAGCCCCAGCCGCUCCAGCUCUGCCUCCUCCCGCCGCACGUCUCCGGAACGCAACGCGCCCGCCACCACGUGGGGCUGGGAUAGGCCCGUCCAACUCAAGGCCACCGCCACCGCCCUCGUCCUCCACGAGGCCAGCGAUGUCCUCUUGGCUUUUGAACUAGCCGAGGUUGUCCUCGUUCGAAACGUGGACAACAACCUCUACCUCAUUCUCGCCCGCAGCUCCGUCUUUCCAGGCCAAUAUGCCUGCCACGGCCUCAAACUGCGCGAUCGCAAAACCGCCCGCCACGUGGCCCGCAUGAUCAAAAAGUUUCGCGUCAAAGCCCGGCCACGCGCCUCCAUAUUUCAACGCCUUCGCCGUUCCUCCCGCCGUGUGCAGGAAGCUGCCGCGCUUCGUCGCCGUCGCCAAUCUAAGAACCGCUUUAGUCAAUAUCAUGAGGAGGAAGCCGAGAGUCCCUAUGACCUGCGUACCCUUGCCGCCCUGGCUGAAUCUGACCCCACCGCCGCCGUCACCGCCCCCCUGGCCCCUCUGGCCCCCCUGGCGGGUCCGGCUACCACCACCCAAAAACGCGUCUGGGAUGGUCCAGCCCUCGAGGCCAACGACCUUCCCCCUCUUCCACCACCCCCAGGCCCUCGUCGUCGCCCCAUCAAGCCCGCCGACCCUGCUGACCCCUCACUCGCUGACUCUGAUGACAGUGACAGCAGUAAUGUUGAAGGUCAGCAGGGAUCGCCCGUGGGCCUUUCCCUCAUGCGAGCACGCCAAAUGGACUUGAGUCGUAGCUUUGAUGACCUCUCCCUCGCUGUGAGCAUGAAACGACCCGGGGGUUCCGUCACCCGCCCCGUUCGCUUUGGUGCGGACGCAGGGGUGAGCAAGUAUCGAAACAUGGAGGUGUCUUUUGCCAACCUUCUGGCUUCGGAGACCCCGCUGUCCACGGCCGAGCCAUCCCCGGCCAUCUCCGCCGUCGUCAGCGAUGACGAGGAGGACGAGGAGGACGAGGAUGGAUUUGGUGGCCGCGGCAAGGUGCCCUACGCGGGCGCUCGCGGUGCCUUUGGGAUGGCCGAUCCCUAUGCCGCUGCUGGCUAUGGUUUUGUCAACGAGAGCGAUGGUUUGGACCUCAUGGGGCCGAGCACGCCCACCAAUGCCACCGCGCCUUUUACCCUUCGAGACCGCUCAGAGACCAUUGUGAGCCCCGGUGAGCCACCUCGUCGGUCCAGUUCAGGCAGUCAGCUUGCGCGCAGCAGCUCGGUCAAUUCGGGUCAUGCCGCCGACCUGGCCCGAGAGCGGUUGCACACCCCGGUAGAUCGCAAACGCGGCUCCUUCUUCCUGGACCCGUUCACGGAAGACGCCGGAUUGGCCGCCAUGCGCAGCGCCCGCCCCGGCACCUAUGCGCUCCGCCCUUCGGACAGCGGUGAGACGGAUGAGUGGCUUCUGCUCAUCAUUCCGCCCGAGGAUGACCUCGUGGAGGUGGAGGUGCAAGAAUUGGCCGACGGUCGCUUUGAGCUGGUUUCCACAGGCGUUCGUUGUGACACCAUUGCCCAACUAGUCAAUUAUUACUGGCGCAGCCAUUUCCAGAACAAUAUCAUACCCUGCUCCCCUCUGGCGGGCGUGACAGCCUAAGCCGACUCUAUACAAUGGGGCGUUGCAUUAUUAGCUUUGACCUUUGUGUUGGUCCUCGAGGACCCCUUGCAUGCGGUUCAGUGAGUGUUUGCUGCUUGGCUGCUUCUUGGCCAAUCGUGCUGCGCACGUUCUGGUGCUCUCAAACGAGAGUGGCAGCAAAACAAGAGUCAGCAGACCGGUGUACAUCUUUUUGUGAUUUGUGUAGAAAAAUGUAUCGGUUGAGCAUCGACAAGUCGGCGCUGGAGUUGAGUGCCUUUCUUCUGAAUAAUUAUACAUCGUUCCAGCUUUUGUGCGAAUGUGUUGUGGGCACACGUAACAUGUGCGAAUGUGUUGUGUGCCCACCUGUUUUCGCCCAUUUUGUCUUGAGAGCCCAAAUUGUAUUCGAGAAC